UCAGUCACUUGGUACAGAAACAGAUUUAGAAUCCAAAACAGCUAAGAUGGAACAGUUCCUGAAGAAGCUGGGAAAGAAAUCCAACAGUAGAAGCAUUGAUCUAAACAACUGUAGAUUGACAUCCACUGAUGCUGCUGAACUUGUUGCUUUAUUGCCUCUUCUUCCAGACCUGGAAGAACUGGAUGUUUCCUGGAAUGACUUCAUAGGUGGAGCUCUCAAGCCCACCAUGUUACAAAUUCAUCAUAUCAGCAAGUUGAAAAUCCUCCGACUGAACAACUGUAGACUCACAACCGAUGAUGUCUUAGCAUUAGGAGAAAUCCUUAAAACUACCCCAGACCUAGAAGAACUCAACUUAUCCUGGAACAGUAACGUGGGAGGAAACCUGAGCCGGCUCCUCCAGGGAAUCCAGGAGGGGAGCAAGGUACAAAUUCUAAAGUUGAUGGACUGUGACCUCACAGCAGAAGAUUCAGCAUCUGUAGGUCAGGUGUUACCCCGGAUGCAAAAUCUUGAAGUGUUUGAUCUUUCCAUAAAUAAAAACAUUGGCUGUAGUCUAAAUAGUAUUGUGCAAGGGCUGAAAAAUACUCCAUGCUUGAAAGUGUUAAAGUUACAUACUUGUGGAUUAACUCAAGACAGCAUCCAGAUUUUAGGCGCUGCUUUUGGCCAUUUGCCCGAGUUAAGGACACUGGACCUGUCCAGCAACAAGGAGGUUGGGGGAGGGUUUAAAGACUGUGCCGCCCAUUUAGCUCAUCUGAAGUAUCUCCAAGUUUUGGACCUUCACCAGUGUUCCUUAUUGGAAGAAGAUAUAGCAUCUCUGACCCAGGUGAUCCCUUUACUGUCCAGUCUCCGGGAAUUGGAUCUAUCGGCCAAUAAGAAAGUAGGCAGCUCCUCUGAAAAUCUCCUCAGCAGGCUUCGGUUUUUGCCAGAGUUGACAACUUUAAUCAUCAAUGGCUGCGCAUUAGGAAAGGAUGCAUUCACAGCUUUUGCUGAAGCCUCCAUGUAUCUCCCUGCCCUGCAGACACUUGACCUUUCUUGGAAUAAGUAUGUUGGAGGAAACUUAAAUCUGCUUUUAGAAACUCUAAAGCUUUCAGCUGCCCUCCAAGUGCUAAGACUGAGAAGCUGCUCCCUGAUCGCUGAAGACAUGGCUCUCCUGGCAUCUGUUAUACAAACUGGCCAUCUAACCAAACUGCAACAGCUGGAUCUGAGUUACAAUGACAGCAUUUCAGACGAAGGCUGGGCCAUAUUUAGCCAAAAUGUGCUGUUUUUAAAGGAACUGACCGAGUUGGAUAUCAGCCUCCGGCCAGCCAGCUUCCGGGAAUGUGGGCUGUGGUUUGGACACCUGCUGGAUGGCCUGACCAAACUGCCCAGGCUCUCUGAACUGGGAAUCCAAAGGUGGAGGAUCUCAGCGCCCCAUGAGGAAGACCUGGAGUAUUUCAACCGUGAUCACAAAAGAAGCAUCCACUUUGACUAUGGAGGUUUCCAGUGACGCCUGCUGUCCCAGGGCUUAAAAAAAGAAGCCUUCUCUAUUAUAAGAAUAAAUCACUGUUAUUUAUAUGGCCCUGGGGUUUAGGAAGCACUUUGCUCAUACUGACUCUGGGAGCAACAACAUGCAAGCCUUCUUCUGCCUUUUUACAGAUGGGGGCACUGAGGCUCAGAAGUGAAGUGGCCACAGAGCUAAUAAGAAGCAGAUUCAGACAUCAGACCCGGGCUUCCUGAUUCCUGAUCUAGGGUCCUUCUCAGGGCUCACACUAUCCCUGUCUGUCCAUAAUGAAGGUGAUGAUGUCACUUCAACCAGGUUAGAAACAACUUUGGAACUUUUACAACUGGACUUAAGGCCCGAGAAGAGGGAAUCUUUGAAGGAGCAGGAGAAAAGCGCACCAUGUAAUAAUGAUAAUAACUAACAUAUAUACACACACUCCGAAGUUUACAAGGCGCCUUACAGAUAUGGCCUUCCCAGUGUGACAUUUUAUAGAAUUUUUUUAAAUAGAAAAAUAGGCUCUCAGGGCUGGAUGACUUAUCCUUGGUCGCUUAUUCUAGUGAGAGGAAGGAUUUGACCCUGAAUCCUCCAGACUUCAGGACCAGCAAGUGAUGCACAAAUCGGAGGAAAGAUUGUCAUUUCUUAACUAGCAGUCAUGUGGCUCUGAGGAUAAAACACUAUACCCAGGGAAAACCUGAAUUUUAAUCCUAUGGUGGGACCCUAAGCAAUCCAUUUUAAAACUCCCUCAGCUUUGCUUUCCUUGUCUAUAAAAUAAGGAUAAUAUUUAAAUUUUAAUAAUAUUUUAAUUUUAAAUAUUUAAAAUAUCCUAAUAGAGUGAUUAUUAUCAGUAAUAAUAAUAUUUAUGUACCACUUCAAGGUUUGCAAAGUAUUUGACAUACAUUACCUCAUUCAGUCUUCUCAAUAAUGCUCAAUAUUAUUAUUAUCCCCAUUUUACAAAUGAGGAAACUGAGGCAGAGAAUUUUUUUUUUUAAAGCAAACCUUGGUUUUCUGGUUCCACAUGGAUUAUUCUUUCAAUAAUAAUACACUGUCUCUCAGAAAGACUAUUCGAUUUAAUAAAAACAGACUAGGGAAGGUGAGAGUCUUGCCACAUACUCUGCCAUCUUCAAACCAGACCUAUUUUGAGGUCAGUUCUGAUAGCACAUUUUAGAAAAAAUAUCAAGCUGGAGGGCAUCCAAAGGAGAAGGACUAGGAUGGCAAGAACCAUCUAUGGUAAAAACCAGAGGAUUUUAGUUCAGAGAAGAAGAUACCUUUAGAAAAGAUGUGAUUACUGACUUCAAAGAUGAAUGCCAGGGACUGUCAUGUGGAAGGAGAAUGAGUUUUAUUUGUUCCCAUAGGACAGAACUAAGAACAUGACUAGAAGAUUCAGUGAGAUGGAUUUAAGUUAGAGACGAUGAAAACUAUCCACACAGAGAAAACAAAGUGGAUGAGGAAUCCCUGUUGUCAAAAUUAUGACACACAGAUAAAUAAGAAGCUGAAAAAGUCUUUCUGGCAGUUCACAUAGCUUGGAUAAACACUAUAAGUGAACAAUAACUGGGUCCAGAAUUAAAUGGGCAGAAGAGAGAGGGCUGGGUGGCUUUCAUAAAUUGGAAAGUUUCUUUAAUGACUCCAAACGUCUUACAGAGAUAAAGGUCCAUUUUGUAAAAACACAUUUAUAUCUUUUAUAAUAUUGAAAGAUGUUAAUAUAGUUUGCUUUUGAAUCACCUAAAUUUCCUCCAUAUUCCUCUUCUUUCUCCUCCCAGGGAGCCACCCCCUGAAACACAGAAUUGGUCCAUGUUUCUAAUACCAACAUCCUAUUGCUGACUGUUGUUUUGUUUUUAGUAUGACUGAGCAUAAUGGAAUACUACAAUCUCUGAAGAAUUAAAAAUGAGAAUUACUCAGAGUCAGCAGGUAGAAGGCUCAGUGGACCCAGAGCACCGGGCCUGGAGUCCAAAAGACUUGAUUUUAAAUCUGGCCUCAGACACAUACUAGCUAUGUGACCCUGGCCAAGUCACUUAAUCUGUUUGUUUAAUCCGCUGGAAAAGGAAAAAGCAUUCCAGGCCCAUAUCUUUGCCAUCUUGUGGACCACAGGGUCACAAAGAAUCAGAUAUAAUUAAAAAACUGAACACAAUUACUUAGAAAGAAAGAAAUGGAAAGCCUGCCAGGUGCAUCCAUAAGGAGGAACCAGAAAGGAGAAGAGGAAGGUAAAGGAUUUCCUCAAAGAAUACAUAACCAAUAAUACUGAGCCGCUGGCACAGUGAGAGAGAAGGAUAAAUGGUGGACAGGCCAUGUGGUCCCGUCAUCCUCACAAUGCCAAGAGAAAGUGAGAGAAUCCCCUAGCACCUUAAACAGACCUUCUAUGGAAAACCCAUGGAGGACACGGACAAGAAUGGGUUCACAGGGAGGGGUGGCGAUCUGCACCAGUGAGGGAACAUCCACAUAGAAGGAUCCCAGAUCCACUUGCCUUCCAGAGGACUCGUGAGGAAACAUGUUCCCCUCCUCCAGACAGAAAGGGGGUGCGCUUGGAGGGCAGGCUAAUCUGCUACAGGGGAUAGUUUUGCUUAAUUGUUCCUAUCCAUAAUGGGUUUGCUUCUUUUGCUUUUGAUGGGCAGAGAAGGAAGAAAAUCAAAACUGAAAACAAAAUUGAACUUUUAAAAAUGUCAAUAAAGAUAUAAAAAACCUUA